GCAUCUGCGCGCCGUUGCCAGUAGUCGAGGCGCAAGUCUGUUCUGUGGUCUGCACUUUAAUGUCUGGUGAAUAGCCAGCAGCUUUCCUCGCGAGCCUGAAUUUUCUCGGGGUCAAAACCAUCGUCAGUCAAAGAAAAGCUCUGCUGCUUUGCAAAUCACGAGUAAUAUCUCGUCAUACAUACAUUUAUCUGUCGAAAAGAAGAAAUCAAUACCGGCCUGAAGAUGGAAGUGAUUCAGAAGCUCAUAGGGUUGCUACUAUAAAGGGGGAAGCCUACGAACCCAUACCAACACAAAGUUUCUUGAGCGAGAAGGAAUAUAGACUGGCAACGAGAAAGGAAGGCGGCAUUAUGUCAACUUGGACGUCGAAUGGGCGUCGAGUGAAGAAGCUCAGCGUUGUUCCACUGCCCCGAUUAACCUCCUCUUCCAACGCUUAUCAGAAAUCAAGGUGAUUUAGAAUCAACUUUGGACAGCACAAGUCAACAAAAGAAAUCCUAUCGAUCCGUCUCCAUCACAAGAGAAAUGGAGAGCUCCGAGAGGUACAACGUGCCACCACCUGCAUACAAAGGAUCAUCAGUUAACUUCUUUCAAAGACUCGCAGAUAUGGUGCCGGCACGCGUAGUUUUGUAUAUGCUUUCAUUUUCUGGCUUCGUCGUGUCGUUCAUGAUGCGAAUGGACAUUAACAUUGCCAUGGUAUCCAUGGUGAAAUACCAGCCACAGUCUAAUGUCUCCGUAUCGUCUAAUUGCUACAACACCAGUUCAUAUUCGGAGGAGUAUAAUAAUUCUCAGACGGAGGGUGAGUUCGAUUGGAGUCCAGAGAUUCAAUCAAUCAUCAUCGGAUCUUUCUACUGGUGCUACAUACUAUCACAAGUCGUCGGCGGCGUACUCACACAAUAUUUUGGCACGAAAACCGUUUUUGGUGGUUCUCAAUUGCUCACUGCAAUAUGUAGUUUAUUAAUACCGGUCGCAGCUGAUUUUCAUUAUGGUGCUAUCAUUGCUCUCCGCAGUAUACAAGGGGUAGCCAGUGGUUUAACGUGGCCUGCUAUGUAUGCCAUUGUUGGUCAUUGGAUUCCACUUAAUGAACGGUCGCGUUUUAUGUCCUCGUUCCAAGGAUUCAGCUUUGGCAUCGGAAUCACUUAUCCGUUGGCUGGCUUUCUCAUAGCUCACUUCGGUUGGCGCACGGUCUUUUAUACGACCGGCAGUAUCGGAUCGAUAUGGUGUGUGUUUUGGUACUUCUUUGCUUUCAACUAUCCGUCAACCCAUCCUAGGAUUUCUACUCAGGAGUUUCAAUAUAUACAGGGCAGCAUAGGGUCUGUCAUUGAUACAACCGAGAGUCAGUCAGUGCCGUGGAAAUCAAUUUUAACGUCAUGGCCUGCGUGGUCUAUAGGCAUCACCACGUUCGGCAGAAUAUGGGUUCACUACGUUUUUAUCAUUGCCGGGCCUGUUUACAUAAAAACUGUUCUCGGUCUAAGUAUCCAGGCUAAUGGAGUAUUGUCUGGUACACCAUUUAUCUGCAGCUACUUCAGUUCAGUUGUAUUCUGUUACGUCGCCGAUUUGAUCGUAAAAAAACAAUUGCUGACACUCACCAACGUUCGAAAAAUAUUCACUAUGAUGUCUCAAGUCAUUCCUGGAAUUCUGGUUAUGAUAAUUGGUUAUUUAGGCUGCAGUAUAGAAUUGGCCUUGUUCGUUUGGUUUAUCGCUGUGACACUGAUUACGGCUGCUUAUGCGGGAGCAAUGGCUAAUAUUGUUGAUAUCGCCCCCAAUUAUGCCGGUCCUGUAUUAGCGUUCGCGCAAACAAUCCACAUGUCAGCUAGUUUUCUAUCUCCCUUAGCGGCUGGCCAGCUUACCAAAAACAGCCAAGCACCGGAGGCAUGGCAAAAAGUAUUCUGGGUGACCGCUGGUGUGUCAUGUUGUACUUACAUAGUAUACCAAAUCUUUGGCACAGCCGACAUCCAACCAUGGAAUUACCCAGACCAAAAGUUUCCACGCAGCACGUCUGAUGACUCGCAGCCUCUUAACGAUUCGCCCUCGCACAACUCCAACAAAAACAAAAUCGUUAUCAAACAACCAAGUAAUCAUUCCAACAAAGUAUAAAACAAAAACAAAAUAUAUUCGCCGGUAUAGCCUUCUUAUAUUACAUUCUCUGCGAUCUUCCCUCCGUACUUUUUACUUACAUAUAUAAUAAUAUAGUACUUAUGUGAUCUUCACAUAUUAUACUUUGAUGAUGGUGCUGCACAACACAAACGAAAAGGAAUAACCCUAUUAGUAUUGAUUAAUGUUUAGUCAAGAGGAAGCAAACAAACAAAUAACUGUAAAAUAUCCCUUCAUUUUUAGCACGCGUAGCGAAGCUCUCUAUACGUCUUUUUAUAUAUGCAAUAUAUUAUAAUAGGCGCUUGGUUCCGUCUAAAGUAAAUGAGGGAUACGUGCAUUGAAGUUAUGUGUAAUCAAAAAAUAAUAAUGAAACGGGUAAAUACGCGCGAAUUCAUGAAGUGAGAAAUGUGAUACUUAACAUUCGAUAUUUUUAUUACAUUAAUCAAUUUUUUUUUUCAGAUACGUAAGUGUAGAUUUUUGUCUUUUUUAAAUUGGUCUCUCUUUUUUUUCUUCAUUUUAUUGCUCUCUAUAUAAUUGCCUUUCUCGAAACGUUUUUAAACGCAUACACGACAUUAUUCACAAAAUACGUCUUUUCCGAAAACGAAUGAUUUCGUGAACAUCGUGACUUUUUACUGAUAAUUUUGCAAUAAUAAUACAUGUAUUUUUGUACUGUGUGAAUUGAUAAAACAGCCGUUGCAUAUACAUAACAUCUUAUUUUUUAUAAUAGAUGUAUAUUGGAUUCUACAUUUUCUCUGUUUAUAUAUCAUAUGAUGUUUACUUCGUUAUUUUUUUUUAUAUAAUUGAAGAAAAUCUUCGUAAAUUUAGAAGAAAAACAAUUCAAAGACCGAGUAGUUAUUAUGUAGUUAGUUUCUUUAUAAUUUGUAAAUUUAUUUGAUAUUCUAUUACCAGUUUUUGUUAUUAAAAAAGCUUGCAUUUUAAUAUAUAUAUAUAUAUGUUACAGUCUACACUAAUGAUAUACACUCGAAUCUUUUGUAUGUUAUCAAUAUUUAACAUUCUUCUAUUAUAAAUAAUCUAAAAACUGAAUGGCUGCUUUGUAGGAAAUAAUCAUUCUCAAAUAGCCGGGAGGAUAUAAUCAAAAUGAUCAAAUUAUGUUAUAUACUUUCUUGAGAUUCUUACAAUCAGUACCAGUUAAUUAACUCUUUCUGUUAAAAUUAUCAUUUGUUUUAUUCGAGGCUCGAUUUUUGUUGUUUUUUUUAAUUUGCAAUGUUUAAUAUACUUGUGUGCUUUAUAUAUUACUUAUGUUACGUAUUGUAAAACAAAUCUAUUCAUGUACAACAAAGUCUGAAUUUGAUGAGUGUAGUAUAAUGUAAAUGAAGUGUAUAGAGAAUAUUACGGUUUUUUUCGAACGUGACUUUUGUAAAAAUGUAAAUCGUAUAAAAAAGUAUAUAAAUAUUUCGUAUCACGUUGUAUUAACUAAAGCGUGCGCACUGUAAAAAAUUUUUAGUAAGGUUAAUUUUUAAAUAAAAUCAAACAGUAAUAUCAUUAUUAUUGAUUACAAAUUCAGAUUCUUUUCAUUAUAAUAUUGUGAGAGUGUAAAUUUGACUUGUAUAAAUUACAACGUAAUCAAGAAAAAAGUUGGCUACUUGCAACAAUAUUAAACUUAUGGAUUACUGAAACUUCAACUGUAUUUUAAGAAUAUUGUAGCCUACCACUCAAUAAAUUUUUGUAUAUUCAUAUACUUGAAAAAGUUCAAAACUAUUCUUGUACAAUAAAUAUUAUUAAUAAAUAUUCUAAUAAGAAAUAUUCACAUAUGAGGUAUAUUUUCAAAUACAAAAAAAACACAAGAAAGUUACUUCAUGAUUUAAACUUGAUGUUCAAUAAAUCAUUUGUAGAGCGACUUUGACGUUAAAUUUUUUACAGUGCAGCAUUAGUGCCUUGAGGACCAUGAGGAAUAUGCGACAAUGGCUAGACCUUAUUACCUUAUAAGUACACAAUUGAUGUUACAUUAGGCAGAUAAAUAAAACAAAAUUAAAAACUACCAGACUAAUUGAGCGCAAAGAAGCUGCGAAGAUGAUCUAUAAAAAAAUAUCGUACGCCGAAAGCUCAAUACAAAAGCAAAUGAAAGUGAAAGAGUAUACAAGAGUGAACAUUAAAUAAUAAGCAGUUGACAUGAAAAAAAUAACUAUUAUGUUACUAUGACAAAUAAAUUAUUUCACUAA